AUGUCAAAGGCGGAAGAGCUCAUGAGGCGGGUGCCUACCCGGCCUCUUAUUACACGCUACAGUCUGGCCCUUUGCGCCGCCUUGUUGAUUUACUGCCUCUUUUUGUAUCCGGCUCUGCACCACCACCGCGGACCCCAUCUACAACAGCCAAAUGCCGACCAGGCGGCCAAUGCAGCCGACGCCGCUGUCCCGCUGACCGGCCCAGUCAAUGACGGCCAGGGAGCAGUCGCUGGACCACAACAGUCACCGACAGAGGAUGCAGCACCCAGAGAAAAAGUGUACAAACCCAUGCCGCUGGGCUAUGCGAAAAUCGAGGACCCCUUCCCGUGGUUGACGGUGAACAAGAGGGCGCCGCCCAUGUUGCCCGACAACCUGCCGCCAAACCCUCACGUGCCCGAGCACACGCCAUUGUUCAUCGGAUUUACGAGAAACUGGCCAAUGCUCUUGCAGUGUGUAGCGAGCUAUAUCGCAGCUGGUUGGCCUGCAGAUGACAUAUUCGUCGUCGAAAAUACUGGCACAUUCCGCGCCAACAAGGACGCAAAGCUCACCCUACAGAAUCCCUUCUUCCUCGACCACGCCCAGCUUAAAUUGCUUGGUGUGCACGUAAUCACGACACCGACGCUUCUGUCCUUUGCCCAGUUGCAGAAUUACUAUCUCAAUAUUGCCCUCCAGCGGGGCUGGGAGAAUUUCUUCUGGAGUCACCAGGACGUUAUUGUCUUUUCAGAUGAGGAGGUUCAGAAGAAGGACCGCGAUCACGACUAUGACCAGGACCCCUACGCCACCAUCUACGAGCGAGCCGUAGGUCUGCUCCGCUACCUCAAUGGGCCCGAUAUGCCCCCAUGGGCCACGCAUUUCUUUGCCUACGACCACCUCACCCUGGUCAAGCGCGACGCCUAUCUCGAGGUCGGCGCUUGGGAUACCCACAUCCCAUUCUACGGCUCCGACUGCGACAUGUACCUCCGCCUCCACUGGGCCGGCUACUGGCAGCCGCAGAGCGAGGCCGGACUGGUCUUUGACGUCAACUCACGUCUCGACGACGUAGGCGCCCUCUUCCGGAUACCGCGUGCCCACGCCAGCUUUGAAGGCGAUCCGCUGUUCAACGAUCCCAACCGGCCCAUGCUCGAGGCCGAGCAGAAGCAGGAGUACGAGGUUCGUGCCUGGACCGAAAAGGAGGGAGAGAGCUUCCAGCAUCUCGUUGCUGUCGCCGAGCGCAUGCAGGAGGCCAAGUGGGCCGACGACGGCAUCUGGCGCAACACGUGGCAGGCCAAGCAGGGCGGUGGCGCCGGCGAGCCCUUUUACCGCGACCCUGCCGGGUUCGAGGAUGGUGUCCGGACCAUGAUUGAUGCCGGCCGCCGCGUCUUUGCCGACAAGUGGGGACACCGCGGCUGCAACCUCAUUGAGAUGGGCAUUGAGCCACAGGACGCCUGGCGCCUCGAGCCCGAUUGGGAUCCUGCGACCGAAGGCAACGCUGCCGAGGGUGGUGACUGGGGCAAAGACUGGACGGGCAUUGAUUGA